CGUGGAUUAACGGCUGAUUUCCGCCGAUAAGCCAGCAGUGGCUUUACAUACAAGACAAGGGUAUCUACGGAGUACUCGUACCGUACUUGCACAGUACAACACCAGUCAUGUUCGGAAAAUUGGUGGGGCAGCCAUCCUCUUCAAGCCUUUCUUUCCCAACCAACCCCCUCUAUCUCUUUUCUCAACCAACUCCCUCAGUGGCCAUCCCCUCGCACCCCCACCUACACUUUUCUUUCACUUCAAAAAAUAAAAUCUAACCCCAAUGGCUGAGGAAGCAAAAACGCUAGCAACCUCUGCUGCUAAUCUUUCGGUCUCUGAGCCUGACAAUACCUUGUUUAUCGAUGAAGAUAUCGGCGUUGACGCUGCGGAGACUCCUGGAACCGAGGGGCAGCCUUUCAAGACUCUUAUCGGUGCUAUGACUCAUACAUAUAAGUCACAACCUGACGCGAUAUUCAAAAUUCGCAAGAAACCAACUGGGCCCGAGGACAAGACUCCACAUCUAUAUGCCCCGGUUGCUAAGGCAGCUUUGAAGAAAGCUGCCAACCUUCACCAGGCCAAUCUCAAAAAGGAAGCCAAGAGGGCAGAAAUGAGCAUCAAAGAACAGGAAGCGAAGGCUGCUAGGGGUGCUCAAUUGGAGCAAGCGAAGAAGGUUAUUAUUGUCGAAGAUGCCUCUAAGCCUAAGGCUAUUUCCAUCAAACUUAGGGAUACCGUUAAGCGCCGCGAGGCGAGGGUCGUUGUUCGUGGCUGGGUGCAUCGCCUAAGGGUCCAGAAGAGCCUGGUUUUCAUCACACUUCGUGACGGUACCGGAUAUUUGCAAUGCCUUUUGUCUGGGGAUCUUACCAAGACUUACGACGCUCUUACUCUGACAGUCGAGACUACUAUUGCUAUCUACGGAGUAAUUUCACCGGUUCCAGAGGAAAAUCACGCUCCAGAUGGCCACGAGCUGCAUGCUGACUACUUCCAAGUUAUCGGCAAAGCUCCCGGAGGGGAUGAUACCAUCUCCAAUAUUGUAGCCCCGAACGCUGAUCCUCAAACCAAAUACGAUAAUAGACAUCUAGUCAUUCGUGGAGACGUAGCAAGCUCUGUGUUGAAAGUUAGAGCAUCUGUUCUACGAGCAUUUAGAAAGAGCUAUGAAGAUUUGGGAUUACUGGAGGUUACACCUCCUUGCAUGGUUCAAACUCAAGUGGAAGGUGGUAGCACGCUCUUCGAGUUCAACUAUUACGGCGAAAAGGCUUACCUGACCCAAUCAUCCCAAUUAUAUCUCGAAACUUGUCUCCCCUCUCUCGGAGAUGUUUUUUGUGUUCAGGAGUCUUUCCGUGCAGAACGUUCUCUCACCCGUAGGCAUCUUAGCGAAUACACCCACAUUGAAGCAGAACUAGCUUUCAUAACUUUUGACGAUCUCCUCAACCACCUUGAGGAAGUCAUUUGCCGUACCAUCAACUACGCUCUUACCGAUCCUCUCAUUAAGGGAAAGGUAGCAGAGCUCAAUCCGAAAUUUGAAGCCCCUGAGCGGCCAUUCAUGCGUAUGACCUACGCUGAUGCGAUUGGCUGGUUGGUUGAAAAUAAUAUUCCCAACGAGGAAGGGAACCCUCACAAGUUUGGUGAUGAUAUUGCAGAGGCCGCCGAGCGCAAAAUGACAGACAUAAUUGCCAAGCCUAUCUUUUUGACCAAGUUUCCCGUGAAGAUCAAAGCCUUCUACAUGAAGAAAGACCCUGCGGACCCUAGGGUCACCGAGAGCGUUGAUUGUCUUAUGCCUGGUGUCGGUGAAAUUGUCGGUGGUAGUAUGAGAAUGGAGAAUCUCGAGGAGCUUAUGGGUGCCUAUGCAAGGGAAGGGAUUUCUCCAGACCCCUACUACUGGUUCACUGAUCAGAGAAAGUAUGGCACUUCACCGCAUGGUGGUUACGGCAUCGGCCUCGAGCGCCUCCUUGCGUGGAUGUGCGACCGCUACACCGUUAAAGAGUGCUCUCUUUACCCUCGCUGGACUGGGCGUUGCACUCCUUGAAAAAAAACACUCCUUCUUUUGACCCACGGAUCCUCCUGGGCAAACGUGCCACUUUUAGUCUUCAUUUUCCUAUUCUGAUGGUCGAGGUUAUUUUCCUUUUCUUUUCC